AUGGCAGAGACUGCUGUGAACAACCCAGCAGAUGCUCUGUCAUCGCCCGGGAGCGCGAAUGGGCGUCAGCAAUGGGAGCAAAAUGCCUCACACGACCCGGAUCAGUAUACACAAUCCCUCCCUUCCAGGGUGCGAACAUCCCAUGAUUCCACUGCGACCUAUUCGAAAUACAAAACCAAUUUUUCCUAUCCAUUGAACAGCUCGUCUAUAUCCCGUGCAUCCUCGCGAUCAGGCUCAAGACAUGGCUAUCUUGAUCAGGGGCAUCUAGUGGCGCAUCGCGUUGAUGCUCUGAGCCGCAAAGAUAACACUUCAACCCGCAACGGCAGCGACGCUGAUAGUGUCUUGGAUUUCUAUGGACGAGAGUCGUCAAGCCGUAGUGUGUCAAGCGUGAUGGAGGUAUCGGACAAAUCCCCAGAAAUUAAUAAAGGUCAUCAUGACCAGGAAGAUCCAAAUGAGUCCCAUUGGAUUCAUCGAGACAAACUUAUAAAAAUAGAAACCGAGGAACUACAGCAAUAUGGGAUGAGCAGUCCUGACUCUGUGCUGUUGGGCACUGUAUCUGGGAGUAUCAACGGCCGUAGCCGAGAGUCCCUCGGAAUUGGAAUAAACGGAAUUGCUGAUAGAAACGAGUCGUCCAUGGUUAUCUCCGAAGAUCUAGAACACCGCGACCCCUCGUUUAAUCGUCUCAACGAUAGCCAAGUUGAAGAGAAUGAUGGUCCUACUGUUUUUGAGGACCCACGAUUGCCGGAAGAAAUCGCAGCAGAUCCUUACGAGGAGGGAGCUGCCCCUAAGGUGUACCGAAUGCCCCAUUUGAGAACAAGUUCCUCACGAAUUCCAGUACUUGCUUCAAGCCCCCAUCCCAUUCAACAAGAAUACUUGGAACGAGACUCUCCUCCCCACCGAACGCGAAAUAAUACCCUCACAAAUGGUAAUGGAGAUGGAGAAAGCUUGUCAAUCGCAAAGACUCGACGUCCAAGUCAAUCCGCCCCUCGCACACUGCAGACUCCGGAACCCAAGCUCGACACCACUUCACCCCAGACCCAGGAUAGUCAGGAGACAUCUGCAGGCCAACAACUGCAAAGUUCACCUUCUAGAUCAAAACAAACUACUAGAACAACUACAAAUCGUAAGGCAUCAAACUCUGCCGACACCCGCAAAACUUCCGCAACCCAAAGGAAAGGGGGUAGCAUCAACGGGAGUGGCAAUGGCAACGGUACGAACCACCGCCCAGGAACUAGAUCUGGCGAGCGUAGGCCAGGAACUGCCAUCAACCGUCCCGAGGGUGACCCUCCAUGGUUAGCAACAAUGUACAAACCUGAUCCGCGUCUCCCGCCCGACCAGCAAAUGCUUCCCACCCAUGCAAAACGACUCCAGCAGGAAUUAUGGGAGAAGGAGGGCAAAAUCCCUUCGGCGUAUGACAAGGACUUUGCACCUAUAUCGAUUCGAAACGAUGAUAUACCUCCCGUUGUUCUGGAACAGGAGAAACCGAAAGAGGAGCCCGUCACCGUCCAGCCUCCAUCACCUAUUAAGAGCCCAGAUCCAUCGGUCCGCCCAGGGACCAGCGGGCAGGACCGUGGAGGGUAUAAGACUAUACCAGCUAUUACGUCUGUUCCUCCUGCACCAACGUUCGUCACUUCGAUCACCGCAACGCCCGGUCCCAAACCUAUGCCAGUGGACCCUAUCCGUCCUGUAAAGGAGAAAAGCUGCUCGUGCUGUGUCGUGAUGUGA